AUGCAGUCUGCCCUGGUUGUACCGUUUUUAAUGGUUGCGGUGUUUGCAAUUGAGUUGGAUCCAUCGUCACUCGGUUUCAUCAGGGAAUUUGAUCAACGGCUCACAAAAUCAUCAGCACCAUACCACAGUAACAAAACUCAUCUAUCGAACGAAAACAGUCGAUUUCGGCAACGAUCUGUGCUGAAGCUGAUCGAUCUGUUAAGACUGAACGUUCUAGCACAUGGAAGGAAUGCGUCGAGUCAUCCACAGCGAGAAGCACUGUUUUUGGGCAUGCGUGGAUAG